AUGGCGCGCCGCGAGAAGGCCGCGGCCAUCGAGGCGCCUCCAGGGCGUAGGGCCCGAGCGCGCCCGGCGGUCAAGAAGGAGGACGACGGCGGCUGCUGCGACAACGGGUUCGAGAAGAGCCCCAAGCGCGCCCGUGUGGCCGGAAAGAAGGACGAGGGCGACGCCAAAGUCGGGUUCGGCGACACGCCCGUCACGGCCCCGCUCGAGCUCGCCGCGACGGAGGCCAAGCCCGCUGCAUGGACUGUAGCUGUCAAGUACACCGGCCCGUUCGAGGACUUCUCCGGCCCGUCCGCGGAGGAGUGCGUGGCGGCGACGGCGGCGCUGGUCGACCUGCACGGCGCGCCCGUGCGCCCGGCGGCCAAGCCCGGCGCGUCGACGGACUACCCCCACAACGACGAGGCGGUGGGGAGCAAAACCAUCCUCGAGAAGAAAUACCCCCCCUCGGAGUCCCCCGUCCUCGACUCGCUCGUGCGUACCAUCCUCAGCCAGAACACCACCGACAUCAACAGCCUGCGCGCCUUCAAGCAGCUCAAGAAGGACUUCCCGACGUGGGACAAGUUCCUCAAUGCCCGGGACAGCGCGUGCGAGGACUCGAUUCGCUGCGGCGGGCUGGCCCAGAUCAAAGUGGGGCGCAUCAAGCACAUUCUGCGGACGCUGCAGGCCGAGCGCGGCGCGCUGUCGCUCGAGUACCUGAACGCCAUGUCGACCGAGGACGCCCGCGCGGAGCUCGAGCGCUUCCCGGGCGUCGGCCCCAAAACAGUUGCGUGCACUCUCAUGUUCGCGCUCAAUCGGCCCGAGUUCCCGGUCGACACGCACGUGUGGCGGAUCGCGAAGAACCAGGGGUGGGCGCCGAACCGCGCGUCGCGCGAGGAGACGUACGAGCACAUGAAUUGCAAGGUUCCGGACGAGGUGAAGUUCGACUUGCAUGUGUUGCUGGUGGAGCACGGGAAAACGUGCCCGCGGUGCGCGAAGAACGGGAACAACCGGAAGGAGAGCGUGGGGAAGUGCCCGCUCACGCCGGCGUCGCUGGCGAAGUGGCGGGAGGUCGUCGCGGCCGGGGACUCGCGGUACUCCCCCGGGUGCCACCUGUGA